AUGAGCUGCUGCAGAAUCUGUCUGCCAGAAACUCUUCCCGCGCAGCAGCAGGGAUCCAAGGCGCGUGUCAGCUUGGGGGGUGGGCCUGGCAGCGGCUGGAGGCAAGGCGCGGCAGCCUCGCCUUUUUACAGCUCCUCGCAGGGCGGGGCCAUGGCGUCUGGGAGCAGCAGCAAGGGCGGCUCCAAAGAUGGCGUCAACGUUCAAGUUGUGCUUCGCUGCAGGCCCAGGAACGGCAUCGAGGGGCGGUCACCUGAGGUGGUUAGCUGCUACGAAUCCCGCCGCGAGGUCGUCCUUCACCAAAACGUUGCCGGAAAACAGCAGAGCCGCACGUUCAUGUUCGACAAGGUCUUCGGCCCGGGCGCCAACCAGACCAGCCUUUACGACCAGGCCAUUGUGCCGAUCGUGGCGGAGGCGCUGCAGGGAUUCAAUUGCACCAUCUUCGCCUACGGCCAGACGGGAACGGGCAAGACGUACACGAUGGAGGGCGCCAACUGUGGGGCCUCCGAGGGUGACCUGCCCAACGAUGCGGGGGUCAUUCCGCGGGCUGUAAAACAGAUUUUCGACCACCUGGAGAGGAGCCAGAUCGACUCAUCGGUCCGGGUGAGCUUCCUGGAGGUGUACAACGAAGAGCUGACGGAUCUGCUGGACGUGGAUGAUGGCAUGCAGCAGGCCGCGCGCAGCAAGCUGAAGAUUAUGGAGGACAAGACGGGGGUGGUGGUGCAGGGGCUGGAGGACUGCAUUGUGAACGAUGCCGCAGAAAUCUAUCAGGUUUUAGAGCGUGGCUCAGCAAAGAGGGUGAAAGCUGAGACGCUGCUGAACAAGCAGUCAAGCCGGUCUCACAGUAUCUUCACAAUUACGAUACACAUCAAGGAGACAACAAGCGAAGGGGAGGACGUGGUCAAGAUCGGGAAAUUGAACUUAGUCGACCUGGCUGGGUCGGAAUGCAUAUCACGAUCAGGCGCAAAAGAUGGUCGGGCAAGGGAAGCGGGGUCCAUCAACCAGUCCCUGCUGACGCUUGGACGUGUUAUCAACACGCUUGUCGAGCAUUCAGGCCACAUUCCAUAUCGCGACAGCAAGCUCACCCGCCUCCUGCGUGACUCCUUGGGUGGCAGGACGAAGACAUGCAUAAUUGCCACAAUAUCUCCCACUGCAAUGUGCCAUGAGGAGACACUGAGCACGCUGGAUUACGCCCAUCGUGCGAAAAAUAUUCGCAAUAGGCCUGAAAUUAACCAGAAAAUAUCCAAGACGACGAUGAUUAGGGAGCUGACUGUUGAGAUCGAACACCUCAAGGAGGAGCUGCUUGCCCAGAGGACUAAGAAUGGAGUGUUUGUUCCAUUGGAGAGGUACCAAGAGACAGAGCUGCACCACAGUGCUAUGGCACAGAAACUGAGCAGCCUGGAAGAACAGAUAGAGGCUAAAGCAAUGGAGGUGGGAGUGCAACCAACAAUUUAA